AUGGCUUUCCGACGACCGAUGAAGAUACACUUCGAUGGGUUGUGGAAGUCCAUGUCGCGUGGAAGCGCACUCCUUCGGACGAUGUCCAGAGGUCGUUGGCGUGUUUUCCUUGAAGUGUCUCUGGCACCGUUUUCUGCGGACUGUGGGGAAAGCAUUUCCAAAGUGGCUGGCCCUCCUCUCGCCCCUUCACCGCUACAUCCGCUUCGCUGUGUCUUACAAGACUUCCUCCCAGGAGUGGCUACCUUGGCGCUGUUCUUCCUCUAUCCGCCCGCCAUUCGAGUCUUUGCGCCGUCAGCCAUGUUUGUGACGCUGGGGGAUGCCGCCAUGACGAUCGACCGUCCGUUCCCAGCGCCUUACCAACACCAUUUCGGCUCGCUGGUUUUGCUGGUGCUGUCGGUCUGUGCCUGGUUGGAUCCGCGCUUGGACAUGAGUGACCAGAAGUACCAGUGA